AUAUCUUCUUGGCACGCGAGGAAGAAAACACCAUGAAGAUGGAGUUCUCGGCUUACUCGCGGGAGAUCUUGAAGCAAGCUCAAGCCAACUCGAAGCGCAUGUUCGAAGAGCUCUGGGAUCUCAGCAAGUCCAUCACAUCUCACGCUCUGGACACCAACAGUUCUUGGCCGAACUGCACUCUCCCCUACUUCGACAUUCACGCACAUGACUUGAAGAAAAAGACCGGAAACCUCGAGUUUGUUGGCUUUGCACCCUUUGUAACACCCGAGAAUCGGGCCGGCUGGGAACAAUACUCUGUGGACAAUCAAGGCUGGAUCCAACAAGACUAUAACUAUCGCAAUUGGACCCAUGCUGCUGCUCCUAUUCCUACUUCCAUCCAUCAAUACAACGGCAGCGGUCUCACCCAAGAAGAUUAUGUCUUUGAAGAUCCGCAGUUCGACUACGAGAUCCCCCUUUGGCAAAUUGCUCCUGCACAAAACGACACUUCCGUCAUCAACCUCGAUUUGGCUACCGUUCCCGUGUUUGCGCACCUCCUCUGGGACAUUAAGAUGAAAAAGGUCGAGCAAUACUCCCGCAUCAUGGACCUCCAUUUCCUGCUUGGCGACAAUCUAAACCAAAACAACCCAGAUCACCCCAGAGGGACUAUUUAUCAACCAGUCAUGGAAGACUUUCGCGAAAAUGCCGAUGUUGUCGGCUUUACCAUGGGCACGUUGACAUGGGACCUCAUCUUCGAGAAUGUCCUGUUUGACAGCUCGUCUCCGCUUUUGGUGGGGAUUGAAGGGACAUGCAACGCCAUUUUCACCUACAAGAUUGGUGGCGAAAGCAUGCACGUUCAGUUUAUGGGUUACGGGGAGGGGCUCAGAGACCCUCAGUUUGACAAAUUCAAACAAAGCGCAGAUCUCCUUCAUCCACUGAACAAUCGGCCUGGCUAUCCUCCUGUGAAACAUACACAUCGACACACCGACGCGUCGCAUGGGGACAGUCAUUGCACCUACGUCAUGAAUACGUAUCCCACCCAAGAAUUCAAGGAUCACUACACCAGUGCUGAACCAAUCUACAUGACAAUCCUGAUCGCCUCUAUCUUCGUGUUUACCGCUUCAGUCUUCUUCCUCUACGACUACCUCGUGCAAAGGCGCCAGGCCAAGCUCUUGACAACUGCAGAGCGCACAACGGCGAUUGUGACAUCGUUGUUUCCGAAAGAAGUGGGAAAACGCCUUAUCGAAGAUGCGAAAAACGAACACAAGGAAAAUGAGAAGAACAAGAAGAAGCAAGUCAAUUUCUCGGAUGCUGCGGGAGGUGCAUUUGAUGACGAGGAUCAAACGGAGAACGAUGGAACCAUGCGGGGUGGUGGCAUUGGCAAGCCAAUCGCCGAUAUCUUCCCAUCAGCGACGAUUAUGUUUGGGGACUUGGUGGGUUUCACCGCUUGGAGUAGUUCUCGGGAGCCCCAGCAUGUGUUCAUUCUGUUGGAGACUUUGUAUGGGGCGUUUGAUAAAAUUGCGAAGCGUAGAAGAGUGUUCAAAAUUGAAACGGUGGGGGACUGCUACGUGGCGGUGUGUGGUUUGCCGGAGGAGCGACCUGAUCAUGCAGUGGCAAUGGCCAGGUUUGCAAGGGACUGUUUGCAGAAACUUAAGGAUCUGUUGAUUUCUCUGGAGACGCAUCUAGGCCCGGAUACAACUGAGCUUGCAAUGCGCAUUGGUUUGCACAGCGGAGCGGUCACAGCUGGCGUGCUGCGGGGAGACCGUGCAAGGUUCCAGCUGUUUGGAGACAGUGUCAAUACUUGCGCCCGAAUCGAGACGACGGGGCAACGGAAUCGCAUCCAUGUUUCCGAACAGACUGCAAAGCUCUUGAUUGCUGCAGGGAAGCAACGUUGGGUGGUCCCGCGAGAGGAUCGGGUGGAAGCCAAGGGUAAAGGAACUCUUACUACUUUUUGGCUCACUGAAGGUGUUGGCUCUGAUGGAAUGUCAGCUACUUGCUCUUCGAACGAUGAUUCCUGCUGGUUGGAAGAUGACAGUGCCGCCAAGCAAAACGAACUUUCCGCGAGAGACCGUCGCCUUGUUGACUGGCACGUCGAAACGUUGAGUGGAAUCCUUCGGCAAAUCCAGGCACGACGAAACAUAUUGGGGUCAAAGGACAAGAAGAAGAAGAAUUCAGGGGAUCUCCGUUCCAUGGAAGAUAGAUUCGGGACGGGAAGUCAAAUGCUGCUUGACGAGGUCGAAGAAGUCAUCGAGUUGCCUGUUUGCAGAAAUGAAACUUGUCAAAGUUUUCUUGAUGAAGCAGAGAAGUGCCGUCUCGACGUGGAAGUGGUUUCGGAGCUCUCUCGAUUCAUCAGCGCAAUCGCUGCCCUGUACACCUCUCAAAAUCCCUUCCAUAGUUGGGACCACGCUAGCCAUGUCACGAUGAGCGUUUGCAAGCUGCUUUCAAGGAUCGUCUCCAAAGACGACAGUGCUCCGGAACAUGACCACGCAUUUGGGAUUACAAGUGACCCACUGACGCAGUUCGCAGUCGUUCUAGCAGCUAUUAUCCAUGAUGCAGAUCAUCCUGGCGUACCCAACUCAACACUCAUCAGCGAGGGCUCGGAGCUUGCUGCUCUCUAUCAAAACAAGAGCAUAGCCGAGCAGAAUUCCGUCAAUCUUGUCUUCGAUCUUCUAUUCGAGAGCUCCUAUUCCAACCUCCGAGCUGCAAUCUAUUCUGAUGAAACGGAGCUCAAGAGGUUUCGACAACUGUUGGUCAACUCCGUAAUGGCGACCGACAUCAUGGACAAGGAACUGGGUGCCCUUCGAAAAGCCAGGUGGAACAAAGCCUUCUCGAAUGAAGUGUCUGUCAAGGAAGACCCCAACGUCGCAACGAAUCGGAAGGCAACAAUUGUUAUUGAGCAUCUGAUCCAAGCAUCUGAUGUGGCGCAUACAAUGCAACACUGGCACAUCUAUCGCAAAUGGAACGAACUCCUGUUCAUGGAAAUGUACAAGGCGUACAAGGAGGGACGUGCCAAGGAUCCAUCUGAGAGCUGGUAUCAGGGUGAAAUGGGUUUCUUUGACUUCUACAUCAUACCUCUGGCUAAGAAACUAAAGGAAUGCGGUGUCUUUGGGGUAGCAAGCGACGAAUAUCUUGACUACGCCAUGAACAAUCGGGCAGAGUGGGAGUCCAAGGGCCCCGAGCAGAUUGAAAUGUACAUCCAACGUUACAACGCCGAGUGCGCGCCUAAAGAGCAGGGUCAAGCAAGCUCGUCAACAACGACCACGGCACUGCCUCCUUCGUUUGACUUGAGCUUUUCAUCCGCAACUACAGUCGAGCUCACCGAAGAGGGUGGGGCAAUGUCGAAGGAUUUUCGGCACUAUCUGAAGCGAGGUGUUCGACACUGUGAUGUCUAAGCAAUGCAAGUCGCGGUGCACAGUCCAAGAUGUUCUCGUUAUACGGUGAGAGCAUUAGGAUGCAGGUUCGAUAUGACUACAAACGUUAUAGCUACGUGUUUCUACUUUUCAGUUAGUUCUUGUCUUGUGCACUGCUGGCAUUGCCUGCCAGCCCAAACGGAAACCACAUACAGCAUCAGUGUCCCCAUCGAGCCCGAGUUUGCACUGGUAAACAUUGCUGCUGGACCCGCCUCCUGUGGACCUUCGCGGAGAAUGGAAACUUGUGGGGUUCGGGCCACACAUGGGAGACUGGGAUCACCCGAGACAACAAGCCAAGCAGAAUCCGUGGUAACGGUAGCGCUGGCCAGGGGGUGGCUGAGCAUGGGGACAAGCAAAAGUUGAGCUAAGUUGGUUUGAAGUGGUCCAUGCCAAGGAGAGAGCCGAUAGUUCCUGUCCAAGAAGCAACGAAAACAUUGCGCCUGUAGCAAGCAAAGAGUAACCCAGCCGACAAGGAAUUCCUCGCAGAAAAGAUCAGUCAAGAUUGAAUCAUUCCAAGAAUCCUCAUUCUAGCUUUGACCCGCAGAAAAGACUAAUUGUCUAUAGAGUAACUUUGAAAGGCAAAACUCAGGGU